AUGGCAAGAAAAGGCAAGGGCAAGGGGAAGGCCAAGGAGACAACUAAAGGCAAGGGAAAAGGGAAAGCCAAGGAGACAACUUCCACCCGGAAGGGUAAAGGAAAGUCUAGCACCUUGGCUAUACGUGAUGAGCCAACUGAUUCGGAUGAAGGCGGGGAGAAUCCGAAUGAAGAGGAAGUUCCAAGACAAAGGGUAGUUAGGAGGCCACGAUCCCAUUCAGCCUAUGCUUGUAGCAAUACUGUGUUUGAUCACAAUAGGUUUGAUGAAAAUUUUGAUGUUGAUCUGCAAGAGCUUGGUAAAGAUUGGAUCCCUGAAUGUCCUGAGGGAUUGAAACCUUACAUUGAUCAGCGUUUUAGUGAUCUUGAUCAAGAUUUUAUUUUCUACAAGGAAUACGGUAGAUCAUCUGGAUUUGAUGUACGUCGUUCCACUGAAAGGAGUGACAAGGAUGGUAAUACUAUAGAGAAGUAUUUUGUUUGCUCAAGAUCUGGACGUACUGACGACAAAAAUGCUGAUAGAAAACUCCAAAAGAGAAGGAGAACAGUUUCAACAAAGUGUGAAUGCCAUGCAGACUUUGUGCUUGCUUCACAUCAACUAGGUGGUUUUUAUGUGAAAAAGUUCACAGAAUCGCACAAUCACCCUUUUGCAGGAAAGGGAGGAAUGCAAUUCCUAAGGUGUAGUAGGUCUCUAACCGAGUUCCACAAAACAUUUAUCUUUGAUGCGUCGAAAUCAAACAUUGGUGCUUCACGAGCGUAUACCAUUUUUAAAUCAAUGAUCGGUUCAUAUGAAGAUGUAAGAGCUACUGUUGUUGAUUUUAAGAACUUUGCCAGGGAUAUUAAGCAACACAUUGGGAAGCACGACGCUGAUAUGAUUGUACAGAAAUUCAGGGAUAUACAAGAAUCUUCAGACUCCAGUUUUAGAUUUGAAUAUAGAACCGACUCGGCAAAUCAUCUCACUCAAUUAUUCUGGGCAGAUGGAAUAGACAAUCACUGGAAGAGUGUGACUUUUGGGGCGAUUUUGCUUGAAUGGGAAGACAACGAAAACUAUAUAUGGGCAUGCGAAUCUUUCAAGAAGGUGUUUGGUAAGGAUCCCAAAUGUAUUAUUACAGAUCAAGAUCUAGCAAUGAAAGCUGCUCUUCAGAUUUCAUUCCCUCUUGUUAAGCAUUGGUUUUGUAUGUGGCAUAUAAUGAAAAAAUUUCCUUCUAAGCUAGGAACUGUUUUCUGUGCUGAGUCAGGCUUCAUGGACAAACUUGGACGAGAAAUCUGGGUAGAUCACAUAACGCCAGAAGAAUUUGAACAUGGAUGGACAGAUGCUGUUGAUGAAUUUGACUUGAACGAGAAUGUUUGGCUAAAAGAAAUGUUUGACAUGAGAUCUUUGUGGAUUCCAGCAUACUUUAAUGAUGAACCAAUGGUAGGACUUAUGCGUACAACUUCGAGGUCAGAAAGUUCUAAUUUUUAUUUUGGAAAUUACGUUCAACGAGGUGAUACACUUUCAGAGUUUUACAUAUGCUAUCAGAGUGCAAUUGAAAAACAAAGGAACAACGCCAAGAAACUGACACACUAUGAUGAUUUCACACCAAAAACAAUUACAGACAGAGAGAUUGAAAAAGAUGCCAUUAGACUUUACACAAGGGAACUUUUUUAUAAGGUUCAAGAAGAGAUAAGAGCUGGUGGUAUGGAUAUUGUUCUAUUGAACAUGACUUGUCUGGACAAUGUCAAAAAAAUAAAGAUCCAAGAACCAGUGAACAAAACAAGGAUAUUUGAGGUUGAAGUUAACAUCGAUACACAUAGUAUUGAAUGUUCGUGCACACUUUUCACCAGAGUUGGCUAUCUAUGUUCCCAUGCCUUUUUCAGCCUUGGUAUUUGUGGAAUUAGAAUCAUACCACGACAGUAUGUCUCAAACAGAUGGUUGAAGAACGCAGUUGAGCAUUUCAGCACUCUUGAACUUGGAGAAAUAUCUGAUAGAGAUGCAACAAAUUUAUCGAGGCGUGUGCAGACACAAGACUGUUGGUUUGAGUUCCAAGGGUGCCUAAGCGACGCAUCUGGUAAUGCUGAUGUUUUAGAGUAUAUUAAAAAUGGACUUUGCAGCAUGAGGAAGCACAUAAGAAUAACAAUGAAGAAACCAAGAACUCGAUUAAACUCAGAGCAGAUCAAAGAAUUAAUAGAUUCUCGUGUUGUCAAUGAAAUCACAAUACAGAAUCCUAACAAAAGCAACAACAAGGGCAACAGGAAAAGAAUCAUAUCAGGAGCAGAGAAAUCAAUUGGGUGCAACAAGAGGAAAAUGAGGAAAUGUGCAACUUGCCAGGAGUAUGCUUAUCAUGAUUCAAGGACUUGUCCUGAGAAGAAUUAA